AUGCCACCCCAAUUAGCCCCAAUUGUUUUUCUUCAUGUGCCAUUUUUCCGGCGGUUGCGUGUCUGUUCAUUGUCUGUGUCCGGCGUGGGCGCAGUGGGAAUGGCUCAAGGUGGCUCGACAUUUUUCCAGCUAACCAGGCCAAAAGCAGUUCAUCUAGCUCCAGCGGACCCUCGACUUAUCAACUUCUGGUCUCCCCUCCCUUCUGUCCCUGUUCCUACUGCUGUUCCCACUGCUGCUGUCGCCGCCGCUGCUGCAAAUCGACGUCGUCCACCUCCGAAUCUCUCUCUCGCCAUCUCAGCAUCGUUGGCCAAGCGAAUAAGGACAACACGCCUGUCCACUCACCUGACGGAUCCGGAAGCGAAGCACCCCCCGGCCACGGUGAUCGUCGCAACAGGCCUGUGUCGCCACAGCACAGCUUGUAGCUGGCCAAAGUUCGAACCACCAGCUGGCCACUCGGAAGCUUCGCCUUGA